AUGCAACAAAUGAUACAACAAGGAUCUGUGGCAACAUCUAUUCCAGCCCCAGCUCCAGCUCCUCUUGGCCUUCCACCUGGAUUUCGGUUAAAUCCUGAGACCCUCAAACAACCUACUGAUGCAAUUUCUCCGCGUCCAGCGCUGGCAAACGAUGGCCGAAAAAGAGCAAGAAGGGUUGUGGCUCAAAAUAUCGUGAAAGCAAACAUCAGGCCUGGCUCUGGAGGCGAGAAGUGGGCUCGGCUCAACGUUGAAGGAUAUCCACUGCUGAUGCAGAAUUGGGAGAAAUCGCAGAAUCGGAAGCAAUUGAGCUGGGACUUCCAGAAGGAGACG